AUGACUGUAUUUUUGAUGGCUCUUUUAGUCAUAACUUCUGUGAAUGGUAGGAUCUUCUGAAUUUCAUUGGGUUAUUGAGUUAUCAAAACUCCUCUUCUAUUUCCAGCUGGGUCCAUUGAGACCAAUAGUUUGAUGAGAAACGCAGCCUACGGUUCAACAUGCGAUCAACAAGCUGAGAAUAAAAUCGCACACUGUGCUCAAGAAUUAUCUAGCAUGGGAAUCUUUGGAGCAUCUGGAAAAACUACAACUCUUUCUGAAAUCAAAAGCCAUUCACAAAUUCAUUUUCAACAAAUGUGCAGGUAUUUUUUUUUUCUUUUGGGUUGGGAUAAUUUGAGAAAAAAUCUUGCAGUGCGUACACUCGAUUUAACACAUGUCUUGGGGGAAGUUAUAUCAAACAAUCUUGUUAUUCUCACGAGCCAAUGAAAUCGAGAUAUUCAGUUGUGGAUGUGGUUUUGGAAUAUAUUUGUGGAGAUGGUUAUCAAUGUAAGAUCAGAUUUCAAAAAUUACAAUAAAAUAUUGAGUUUUUCAGCAAUGCUCAAUAACUGGAACUGCUAUUUGUCGGUUGCGGAGAGUCAGGAAAUUGCCAAUUGUGAGACAAGUUUUGCACAUCUUGCUGCAAACACAGAACAAAUGUAUAACGAUUAUUCAACUGGAGCAGGAGCUUGCUUGUGAGUAGAAAUUCAAGAAUCUUUAACACUUCAAUGUUUUCCAGCGCUGUCCAAUCUUACAUCGAUUGUAUUCGUCCAUCAAUCGAACAAACUUGUGGAUUCGAAUCAUUUGAAACAGUUAUCGAAGCUGUUGAAAGACCAAUCCAAAUUUAUCUACCAUUUUGCACUUUAUCCUCAUCAGUUCUAUCAAUUCUUCCCACAAUUGUUUUUGCUAUUUUUAUGUAUUUGUUGUGA